GUAAACGGACUGUUUUGUGUGUGAUACACACUUGUUUGUGUAGAACUCUACGACCCAACAAGUGACUUGUGUGUUAUUUUAUCUGCACCCUGCAGCUCGGAUUACCCACACCCCCAUCAAGUGGACCCAGAAGUCUGGUACCGGCAAGUACGGCCACUGCACAUUCCACCGGGUCUAAAUAUAUCUAUUAAGGGCACAGGAGGAGGGGGACGGGGGUUAUUUUUGGACAUUUGACUGUUGCAUGGUGGUAAACUAGCACCGCUCCAAUCAUCCUCAACUGCAGAGAAGAAGAAGGGAGGUUCAUGAUGCCCUCCACGGCGAGAUCCAGGGCUCGGGAGCGGAACAGCGUCCUGAGCAGACCAGAGUUCAUGUCCCUCAAUCAGCCCCUUCGAGGCGGCAGCGGGCCCUCAGAGAACCGAGGAGGUGGUGUUGGUGGAGGUGGAGGCCCAAGGCGCUCCAGUUCGAUCCGGCACCAGGCGAGCCAACAAAGCGAGGACGCCGGAGACGGUGUGCCUAAAGCGGACAAGAGGGACCCCGGUAAGAUGCCCGAGGAGGACUGCAUGCAGCUGAACCCGUCCUUCAAGGGGAUCGCCAUCAACUCACUCCUCGCCAUUGACAUAUGCCUGUCCAAGCGCAUGAGCGUGUGCGCGUACACGUCAUCGUCGUGGGGAGGGUGUCGCUCCAUGGUGGCCCUGCUGGCCCUCACUGGACACGGACUGACGUGGAUUAUCGGAACCAUCGUCUGCCUCACCAGGAGCAGCACCCUGGCGGGACAGGAGGUUCUAGUCAACCUACUGCUGGCCCUCAUCCUCGAUGUAAUGACGGUGGCGGGAGUCCAGAGGCUGGUGAAGCGCAAAGGACCCUGGGAGAUGACGCCAGGCUUCCUGGACUGCGUGGCCAUGGACGUGUACUCGUUCCCUGCGGCGCAUGCCAGCCGCGCCGCCAUGGUGUCCAAGUUCCUGCUGUCCCAUCUGGUGCUGGCGGUGCCGCUCCGCAUCCUGCUGGUGCUGUGGGCCUUCCUGGUGGGCAUGUCCCGGGUGCUGCUGGGGAAGCACCAUUUGACGGACAUGCUGUGCGGCUUCGCGCUGGGCCUCUUUCACUUUAGCUUGAUGGAGACGGUGUGGCUGUCGUCCAACACCUGCCAGACUCUCAUCUCCAUCAGCACCCUCAGCUGGAGCCCCUUCUCAUGAGCCUCUCAUGUGAGGAUGCUUUCAUACUUUUAGGAUCUUCGUCUUUUCAGGACUGUGUUGUUUUUGUGUAAGAGUCACUUGUUUUUACUGCAUGGACGGCCUCGGAGACACAUGAGUUGUUUUUAGUUGACACAAAUGAUUUAAAAAAAUAAUAAUUAUGCAUUUUACUCAUCAUUGAUACGUUGUUAUAGCUUUAUCAUUAGCAUCAUUACCUUUCUACAAAGUAUUGGGGCCAAAGUGAAAGGAAGAAAAAGGUAUACAGUAGGUUUGUGUCUUCUGUUGAGCCUCUUAAAAUCAUUUUAGUUUACUUUUUAAUCUGAUAUUUUCUUUUAAAUAUUAAAAUGUUCCGAAAAAAAUUCUCAAAAAUUACGACUACUUUAAUUUGUACUGUUAAAAAAUAUUUUUUUAUGUAAUAAGAUUUAUUUUUCUAAAAAAAUAGGACUUUCAAAUGUGAUCUUUCAUGAAAUAUAAAACAAAUUAAGACUUACCUCAAAAAUUCUGAUGAAAAUUACAACUGUCUUCGUAAUAUUACCUCCUUUUUGUGAUACAAUUUCAUUUAUGUAGAAUGAAUACCUUCUUGUUUAAUUCUUGUAAUAUUACGAUUUUAUUCAUGCAUAAGUACUUCCUUCUUUGGCAUUAUUUGUGGAAUAAGAGUUUUUUUUCCUUAAAAUCACAACUUUUUUCUCUUCAAAUGAAUUAUUUUUCUAUAAAAUAUAAUUUUGUUUUGCCCACUUCUCAUAAAAGUCUGACAUUCUUGCAGUGCCACUUUUUUCUCUUGAAAUUAUGAUUUUAUUCUCACGGUAUUUCUACUUUAUUGCCAUUGUUUUCUCAUCAUAGGCUUUUUUUUUGCCGUAAAAUUACAAUUUAUUGUCGUAAAUUUGAUUUUUUUUUCUUCAAUAUACCAAUUUUAUUCUUGUACUAGUAAGACUUUUUUGCUGAAGACAUUAAAGUGUGGCUUUAUUCUUGUAAUAUUACCAAAAAAAUUGACAUUUUUUUCCAAAUUCUUGUAAAAUCUCGAUUAUUUUUCCUCUUAAACUUUAUUCUCGUACAGUACAUACGUCAUUUUUGAAAUUCUAUGACUUGUAGUGUUUUGGGUAUUUUUUCCUUUCAGUGUGGCCCUAGUACUCCUUCAUACUAUAUUAUUAAAAAAAAAAACCCUGCUUGACCUGACUGGACACUGCUCCUACACAGUGUGUCCCUGAUUAUUUUUGUUAAUUUUUUUUCCACUUUUACCAAACAUUUCCUGACAUGUGUUGGCAUUAGACAUAGCUCACUUUUUGAGGUAAUGCAUUUCUGUAUGUUGAUGGUCGAAAGGGCUGAAUUGUUUGAUUAAAACCAGUACCAGAAUUGGUGCAAAAAGACUGCAUACUUGCAUACAUCAGUCUUUUUCUGCUUAACAAUAUAGAUGGGUUUUCUCCCCGUGUCUCCAGUAGAACUGCUGUUUUAAUGGUUUUAUGUGCCAAACAAGUCUCAAAUAGUUUUGUGUACAUUAGAGACAUUUAUCUGUACAUUUAUGUCACGUUUUUAACCUAUUUCCUCC